AUGACAACCUGGAAGAUUUUUACGAUAAAACUGUUCAUUUGGUUGAAAAUAAGCAUAAAACACAUAAAAGAGAAUCAACAAACAUAUCCAUGCUGGAUAAGAUUGAAUUCAAGGAUGACAAAAGUAGUCUGGAAACGAAAGAGAAGAAUACGACGAUCAUUUCUGAUCCAUCAUCUGUCUACGUCAAGACCAUGCUCGAUCUGUUUGAAAACAUGA